AUGGAUGUUGGCGAUAACACAGUAUUAGGUGUCGUCGUCAGUAAACCAGGAACAGAUACUCCAGUAGAAGGCAAUGUUGUCGAAGACGCUUUACAUCAGACAAUUCAAGAAGAUGGUCAGACACAAAUUUCCAAUCUUACCCUUGGAGUUGUCAAUGUACCUACGGUUUCAGACAAUCAGCGUGAUAACGCGAUCAGUGUUCGUUUAACCGGCAUCCAACCUAGUGAGGUGAGAUUUGUGUUCACGAGCAAGCGAAAAAUUAAUGGAAAUCAUAUAACUUAAAUGUAACUUUUGGGGAAAGUACUUUCGAUUGAUACUUUUCUCUAUACCGUGUAUUUCUUCAAAAUACCAAACUAAGAUUUAAUUUAUAAUGUAUUUGUAGUGGACGCUGCAACAAGAUAUAUCAUUCCGAAAUAACAUGUCUGAAGCAAUCGUCCAGUUUUGUAAUCAGAGUGAUGCACGAUUGGCUUCGUGCGGUCUCACACGGUAUGUUAAUAAUGAAGUAUAUUAGAAAAGAACUUUAUACACGACAUCACUAUCAUUAUGUUAUGUAUUAUAGUGCUAGGAAUAUAUAAAUGCAAUUACCUGUAAACGUGAAUAGGCGAAGUAGGUUAUUGGUAUAGACUGCAUGUAGAUUUGCAAAUAAGCACAAUUCAGAACUGACGUUUCGCCUAGCAAAUGAAGCUAAAGCAUACUAUAGUGUUAAUGAAAUUCAAUUGAAACAAUUUGUUCUAGGAUCGAAUCGUAUCCUCCAAGUAGGCAGUUGCGAUAUAUCGAUAUUUUCGAUAAAAUCAAAAAUAUCGAUAUUCCAUAUUCAAUUUUUCGCAUAUCGAAAAUAUCGAAAGUUGUAACUAAACAACUUAAUCUCCGAUUAUUCGGCAAUUAUUGUUUUCAUCGGUGAAGUUUAGAGAACGUGUGUAUGGCGGCAAUUGCGAAUUUAUGAUACAAGUGCGUGGGCAAUUGAUAUUAAAAGCUGAAUUGGAGAUGACGGAUAAACUGUUGUUAAUAAAAAUCUUUGAAACGUACCAUGACUGGUUUCAUAAACUUCUUUUUAACUGUUUGUGAUGCGUAUUCAUGCAAGUUGACUAAAUUACGUUUUCUCAUUUGCAUAAUUCGAUAUAGUCGAUAUUACCGAUAUUUUCUUUCGAUAUCGAUAUAUCGAUUUUUUUCAAUAUCGCAACUGCCUACCUCCAAGACCUUAUACAGUAGAUAGAAAUUACAUAGACCUCAAAUAUUAUAUAAUGUAAUCGAAUGAUAUACUGCGGAUUCAGGUAGACCGUUUAAUGCGAAUAGUUGUCGCGUUAGUUUUAACAGUUGUACGAUGACGUUUCUAGGCAGAUUUUCGACGUUUCUAAGGCGUGGCUUCAACGUUUAUUUUUAAAAUUUGAACGUUGUAAUUUCAAGGUAAUUGCUAAAUAGCAUACUUCAAAAUAAGGUUUUCGUUUUUAAAACGUAGAAAAAAUCAUCCUAACGCAAAACUAAACCCUAACCUAACCCUAACUUAUUUAAAAAAAUGAUAUAAAAACGGAAACCUUAUUUUGAAGUAUACUAUUUAGCAAUUACCUUGUAAUUACAACGUUCAAAUUUUAAAAAUAAACGUUGAAGCCACGCCUUAGAAACGUCGAAAAUCUGCCUAGAAACGUCAUCGUACAACUGUUAAAACUAACGCGACAACUAUUCGCAUUAAACGGUCUACCUGAAUCCGCAGUAAAGAUUGCGCAAUUAAAUAAGCUCAACAUGGAGACUAAAGUCGUUUAAUUCCAUUAAUUAAUGUUCGUAUUAUUAUUCUGCAUGGGUAUCGUCGGCGGUGGUACAGUAGUACCUCCAUUGACUAAACACGUUUUCUGUUAAUUAUAGAGAUCAACUGAACGACAUUGAUUUUCUGAAUAUCCAGAUUUUGCCCAAUUCUCCCACGCAAGAUGGCGAGGAUUCAAUUCUGUCAUUCUUUGUUUAUCUACCAGGUGGAGCAACAAUGUCCUCAGAUCUUUUGAAUACUAUUUACACUUCAUCUCCAAAUGUCAUAUCACAACCUUCUGUACUAAAUACGACUAUGAGUCAAAAUCCUGUCCUGACAGCUGAUCAAACUGUAAACCUUGUACAACUUACAGUAAAUGGACUCAAUCCAACACAG